AUGCAAGAAGCUCCCGAGAAUUCUCGCACAAAUACGCAGAAUGUCAAGUUCAUCGAUAUAUUGAUCGGACAAUGGAUGAAACGAACGGGAAACGAUAUUCCGCAACAGACGGAAGAGACCGAAAGUUUGAGCGCGCAGGAAAACACUCAACAUGCUCUGCAGAAACGGGAACGCAUUAUCCAAGAUCUAAAGCGGAGGCUGAAGGAAAGCCAGGAAGCAGUAGCUUUUUUGUCCACCUCCUUGGAAACGGAAACGCGCAAUAAGGAGGAAAUUCGGAUGAAAUUAAACGCCACUUGGGAAUCCAUCGAGACUAUCACGGAAUAUUUCAACUACAUCAGCGAGAGCCUCACCAGCUUUCAACAGCACCGCGUUAAUUUGUCCGCUUUAUACAACAACGUAAUUUUGAAGCAGCAAGAAGCUAUUCAGAAAUUGCAAUUGAGCAACGGAAAAUCAAAAGAUCUGGAGAAUCAUGUUACGCAAUUAAAAAAUACAUUGCUAUUACGAGAAGAAAGACUACAAGAGAUGAUGAUGCAGCAGAAUAAAUUGUGCAAACAGCUAGAGAAUUCCGAGCACGAACUACAGUUGCAAAAAAAUGAAUUGAAUACAUGUACAGAGGAAAAACUGAUACUCGACAAAGAACAACAGCGCUUAAUAUUAGAAAAUAAAAAUUUAAAAUCGCAAUUACAAACGAUUGAAAAAGAAAAAUGCAAUAUCGCGGAAUUAGCUGCACAACUGGAAAAUAAAUUGGUACUUCAAGAAAAAAAAAUGCAAGAUGUACUGACAGAGCAAAAUAAAUUGCAAAAACAAGUAGAAAAUACCGAGCGUGAAUUCCAUUUGCAGAAAAGUAACUUGACGAGCGCAUAUGCUGAAGAAAAGAAAAAACUUGUUGAAGAACAACAGCGAUUAUUAACGGAACUUGAAAAUUUACAAUCACGAAUAAAUAUGCUUGAUCAAAACGAGAGUAAUAUUACAGAAAUGCUCGCACAAAAAGAUGCGCUUCUCUCAAAAUUACAGAAUGAAAUUCUUAUGUAUAAAAAUCAGAUAGAAGUGAUGCAGGCAAAUAAUAAAGAGGCAAAUACUAAAUAUGAAACAUUAACAGAAAAGCAAAAUAUAUGGGACAAGGAAUCGCGUGCGAAAACAGAAAGGAUCCAGAAUUUAGAGGCAAUAGUGAACUCAAUAAAACAAAGAGAGAGCAAACUCAUUAAUGAUGUAAACAGAAUGGAAAAAAAAUUAACUAAUGAAGUGAGUUAUUCCAAGGAUCUCGAAAAUAAACUUUCAAAGGCGCAAAAAGACUUGCAGUUUGAACACGAGAAAAAUAUUGAGAUGGAAAAAACUUUAGAAAUAACUAAGAGUAAUAGCGAACUUACCAAUAUCGAACUUCAGCGACAAUUGAAGGCUCUUCAAAGGGAAAAGGAAGAUAUUAUAAAACGAGAUGACACGAAGAUUAAGAACACGGAGAUUUUAUAUGAAAAUGCAAGAGCCAUACAUGACAAAGAAAUGUCGUCCAUGAAGAAUGAUUACGAAACACAAUUAUUGGAGUUGAAAAAAACUACAGAUUCUCUGAACGAUAUGAUUAAUAGAAACAUCAGAAGAAAAGAGAACACCGCGAUGAACAAAUCUUCCAUAAAAAUAAGCAACUUGAAAUACGAUUAUAAAUUGACUACAAAGCACAAUGACGAUUUUCAGGAGAAAUUAAAAGAAGCCACGGAAGCAUUGCAGAUGAAAUCACCAGAUACAAUCGAGGAUGGAAAAUUUAACAGUGAAUUUACCAAAUCUCAGCCUAACAUUUUCACAUAUGCGGAUACCAGCGAAGAUGAGAAAGAUGAGCCACCGAUCCAUACAUACUCAAUAAGUUCAAGGGAGAAGCGGAAGGAGAUAAAGGAGCAAGAAGCAAAAAUUACGUCAGCUGGAAGAAAAUUCUUCAAAUCACGUUCCGGUCAACCGCGUACUUACACCAAACGACGAUAUUAA